GGAGUUGCACCGCGUCCUCUCUUCCCUUUCCACAGAGGGCGAGAGAGAGAGAGAGAGAGAGAGAGAGAGAGAGAGAGAGAGAGAGAGAGAGAAGACGCAACGACCCUAAAUCUCGCUGUUCACCUCCAGAUCUCGCAACCAUGGCUGUCCGGCACACCAUCUACCACUCCGGUUACCUCGCUCAGAACCUCGCCGCCGCCGCCGGAAUCCGCUGCCGCUUCCUCCACCAGUCCGCAGGCAGGCCUCUCGGAGCCCUCUUCGCUGGCCACUUCUCCGAUCGCGACUCCCACUACCGCCCCCAAUCGAGGACCCGGAGUUGCUCCCAGGCGCCCUCGGAUGCCGCCUCAUCCUCCUCCCCUUCCUCGGAUCCCGCGGCCAAGGACCGGAAGGCUUGUCUCGUCGUGGGGUUGCUGUCCGCCAUCUCCCCUGGCUCCGGCUCGCUCGGUGGCGUCGGCGCACUGGGCGUCGCAUCCUCGAUGUCGAUGGGGUUCAAGCCCUCGUCUUUGAUCCCAUUUUUCCAGGCGACCAAGUGGUUUCCUUGUUGUGACUUCCUCCCAGGAUCGGGAGGAGGUAGCCCGAUGGAUCAAGGAGCGAGGACUACUUCACGCCCUACUGGAGAUGAGACCAAAGGAGGAACUGUUCCUUCUGUGCAUGCUAGUGAACACACAGAAAGCUCUAUCUCUUCUCCCACUGUGCCUAUGAUGAAACGCUUCGAGAGCAAUUGUUGCAGCAGGAGCUCGGGCGACAGAAAUUGUUGGUUUUCACGGUGGAUGAGUUCCUGUUCGGAGGAAACCAAGACGUUUUUAACUGCUUUGACAGUUCCCCUGCUGUAUGGGUCACGCUUGGCCGAGCCUAGAUCGAUCCCCACAAGAUCGAUGUAUCCAACUUUUGAUGUCGGAGAUCGAAUUCUAGCUGAGAAAGUUUCCUAUUGCUUUCGGGAGCCUGAGAUUACUGACAUUGUUAUAUUCACAGCACCACUGAUUCUACAGCAAUUUGGAUUUAGUUCAGGUGAUGUCUUUAUCAAAAGAGUUGUGGCUAAGGCUGGGGACUAUGUUGAAGUACGUGAUGGUAAAUUAUUGGUGAACGGUAUCAUCCAAGAUGAGGAAUUCAUUCUAGAACCACUUGAGUAUGAAAUGGAACCAGUGUUUAUCCCCGAAGGCUAUGUCUUUGUAUUGGGUGAUAAUCGCAACAACAGCUUUGAUUCUCACAACUGGGGGCCACUUCCUGUGAAAAACAUUCUUGGAAGGACAGUUCUGCGUUACUGGCCCCCUUCAAAAAUCUCAGACACCAUCCAUGAACCAAAUGCAACUCAAAGUGUGCUUGGAUUUUCUUGAUAUAUUCUCUGCUUCUCAACAAAUGCCGUUUAAUAGAUGAGGAUCAAUCUGGUGGUUUUCUCACAUGUUCAUAUGGUAAAUGCCUGGGAAUAAUGAGAACAAAGGCUUAAAAAAGAAAAAUCAUCAUUAUCCAGCCA